AUACCCUCCAUGAUCUCCCUGAUGAUGUCCUUCGUUUGCCUAGCCCUAUGCGGUCUCCGAUAGUUGCAAAGAUCAAUGGCAGCGUUGGAGAUUAUCGGGGUCAUGAGAGGCCGGCAAUUCCGAGUGCCUCCAACCACUGCUUUGCUAUUUUGGACCUAAAGGAUGUUGAUGGCAGCAGCAGAAGUAUCGAUCAGUGGCACCACAGGAGGCCACUUCCUACACCUCCCUUCUACCAGAAAGGCACCCUUGACUACUCUAGUUGCUUGGGUAGGUACAAGUUCAAGCUUGGUGUCAUUGGCCACAAGCUUUAUGUGUUUGCAAGCAGCGCACACAAUUAUAUAUGCCUUUGAUGCUGACACUGGAGAGUGGGAAUCGGGCGGGUUUGGGUAUCAAGUAGGCACUGAAACCCUGUCGUCAAUGUUGAAACUCAAUGUCCAGAUGGGUUGUCACUUGUCACCGGCAACACGAGUGUUUUGUUGUCGUGGAUGCUGAGAUCUUUCUAUCUGACUAGCACAGAGGUCGGCCUGUUGGCCGGCAAGUUGUUGUUAUUGUAGUACUUUUUAUUUUUUCUUAGUUUUAUGAAAGUUUUUAGCAGCAUAGAGUUAGUGGGAUUAAUUGACAACUAUUUCCAAUCACUGACAACUGGCAAAAAGAAGUCGAGGAUACAUAAUUUCUAAAUAAAUUGCAGCUCUUGAGCUUGCUCGGUUGUUCAGUGGUAGUAGUUUGGAUUAUUGAUGUAGGAAAACAGACAAAGCAAUACAGGGGAUGCAAUACAAAAUAGAUAGGGCAACGCCUGCAAGAUAAAAGCCUUUUAUCCAACCUUUUAGAGGAUUAAUAUCCUUUAAUCAUCAUACGCUGAAAUCACUUGCUUCUUGCCUUCAUAUUAGGUUGUGUAGUUGCAAUAAAUUUGCAACUUCACCUAUGUCACCUUGUUGUGAUACAUGAGAAGCUAUCUCUGAUAUCUCAAUGCCACAACGAAUAUAUUGGGAGGAGCUGUCUUUUGUAGAGGGGGAGUCAUUUCCUGAGACAGAUAAGGCAAAAAGAAUCAACAACAACAUAGGUCAAAGGCAAAGACAUAGAAGCAUCGAAAUUGUAGUAUCGUGACAGAUCCAACAAACCUCCAUCAUUCCCUAGCACGGGGACCGGCCCAUUGGUCGGGAGAGGUUAGACCGAGAACAUGGUAUAUAAUAAUGCAUAUGUUAGAUGCUCAUAUAUGCAUGUAACGUUUGUGUAUGCAUAAUAAGAAAAGGAGAAUAUGAUCUAAGAAUAAUUAUUCGAUGAAACAGAAUACAAAUAAUUAAUUGUCUUUCAAUACUUAAAUAGACUAUACAAUUGAAUAUUAGAGGUGCUUCUUAUAAUAAAUAUGUAGUCGCAAAUAUGAUCGGCAACAAUGUAAUAAUUUCCAUGCAACAAAUACUUUUUUGAUGAAAUAAAAAAAAUUAUGAAUAUAAUAUUGCAUUGAAGGUAGGUCUAUGCGACGAAUGAAGAUUUGCAAACCUCUUAUUAAGGAAGAAGGGGAUAAUCGAAAUGAAGUUAACCGGUUAGGUCUACAAUUGAAGAAAUGUUAGUAUUUUGU